AUGCUUUGUUCUUCUAUUUCUCCAUCAAUAGAACAAGAAGAGCGAUACCUUCUUACUUCUACAACGACACACACACUUUUCAUAGAUAACUCAACUUCUCCACACACUUCAUAUUAUGAGGAGUUAAGUCAGAUCGAAAGGUAUGUUAAAUUGUUUAACUCAAAUUCAGUAACAAAAAAGGAUUUACAACGACUCUGCUGGAAAGGGGUUCCCUGGCAUUUCCGCCCAAAAGUGUGGAGAAUUUUAACAAACGAAACGCCAUUAUCUCUUUCGAAACAAGACACCACGCUCCUCCAAAAACGAAUCAACUACUUCCAACUUCGCGACCAAACAUUAGUCGAGCUCCAUGAACCAGAGCUGACCUCUAAAACUCAAAUUGAUAAAGACUUACUUCGCAGUAAUAAGUUUUUGAACUUUUUGUCGCACCAAAGAGUCAUUUCAUUAAUGAGGAAUAUCCUUCUGUUGUUCUCUAUCCGACACCCUGCGUCGGGGUAUACUCAAGGCAUGAGUGAUUUAUUAGUUCCAUUUGUCACGGUCUUUCUAUCCGAAUAUAUUGCAGUGGACACCAUUGUCAAAUCAAGUAUAGAUAUCCUCCCAAAAGACUUUCUCAACAAUGUCGAGGCAGACUCGUAUUAUGCCUUUGACUAUAUCUUGACUAACAUUCAAGACUAUUACACCUAUCAACACCAAGGCGUACAACAACGGAUCGACCAAAUGAAUGACAUAUUAAAGACACUCGACAGAGACAUAUCCAAACACUUUGUAAGAGAGGGCUUAAAUAUUUCUCAUUUCGCAUUUCGCUGGUUGACGUGUUGUUUGUCUCGGGAGUUCUCAAUCAAAGUGAUACUCCGCUUGUGGGACUCUUUUCUUGCCUUUGAGAAUGGACUUGGGUUUUCCACACUCAACAUGUUUUGUUGCCUUUCUUUACUUGAAAGGUACAAAGCAACACUUUUGACGAAGUCGUUCACCGACUUGAUUUAUUUCUUACAGAACUUACCUACACAAGAUUGGACUGACGAUGAUGUCAUGAAUUUGGUGACUCAAGCGUUUAUUUUACAAUAUCACUUUCCACUCACUGAUGACCUUUAA